AUGGAAAAUAAGCAAUGCCUGAAAUUCAGCAAAGUCUCUGUCAAGCUGGGAGAGGCUCAGAUUCUUCACGAUGUGACCGGUUGUGCAAAAAGUGGCGAGGUUUUGGCUAUCAUGGGACCGAGUGGAUCCGGAAAGACGACCCUUCUCAACAGCAUCUCUGGACGAAUCAAAACAAACUCAGGUGAAAUAACUCUGGGAGAGGUUCAGUUGGAUAAGUUCAUCAGACGGCGCCUGAGCUAUGUCCUUCAGCAUGACAUAUUUUUUGCAAAUUUGACAAUGAGAGAAACUAUUUACUUCGCGGCAAUGCUAAAACUACCCAGUGAUAUGCCACGUGCGGAGAAGAUGAAAAGAAUUGAUGACGUUGUGGACGCUCUCAAAAUGAGGUCAUGCUUAGACACGGUUGUAGGCAGUGCCAUUGUCCGAGGUUUGUCCGGUGGAGAGAGGAAGAGAGUGAACAUAGCUUGUGAACUGGUGAUGAAUCCCGAUAUCCUGCUACUGGACGAGCCCACAUCAGGCCUCGACUCGUACACUGCCCACACUUUGAUGAUGCAACUGAAAGAAUAUGCCACUUCAUUGAAUAAAAUCAUCAUCACAACAAUUCAUCAACCUUCAAGUCAAAUCUUUUACUCCUUCAACAAACUGUUGCUAAUGGCCAAGGGUCAUGUUGUAUAUUUUGGCGAAGGAAAAGACGUUUUAUCGGCAUUUGAAAAGAUUGGAUUUAAGUGUGCACAGAAUUACAAUCCGGCAGAUUUCAUACUUCAGACAGUAAACAGUAACGAAGAAGAUCUAAAACUGAUUUUAGAAAAGACAAAAUCGACGAAAGACAGAUUAAAGGACAAUCCAGAUAGUGGGGUGAACAAAGCUUUUGUCCCUGAUGAAGUACCCAAAAUUAAGUUUAGUUUAGGCUCAGAAGUUAAAAAGUCAGAACUAGAUUCCGGAAGGUACCGAUGGGUUGAUCCUGAAAUGGGAAUUGCCACACAACGUCAGAAGGACAACGAAAGGCACCGCACGGGACCAAAGUGGCCCUCUUCAUUCUGCACUCAGUACAGGCUGUUAACCUGGCGACAUUUUCAAUUAUCGAGGUCGUAUUUCUUGUCAAAGUUGGAACUGUUCCAGAUGAUAAUGUUCUCCUUGAUAGCAGGGGCACUGUGGUUUCAAAUAGACAGGACUGACGUCACGGUCAGGGACACUUUAGGUUUGAUGAAUAAUUGGGACCUCCGUGGCCAAGAGGGUUACCACGCCAGCACGGCGCAAUGUCCCAAUGUCCCAGGACCUUCUCAUCAAUGCGGUCAUUUUCCUGCGGAAAUGCCAGUUAUCAACAAAGAACGAGCCGCCGGCAUGUAUCGGUUAUCCGCCUAUAUCUUGGCAAAAAUGACCAGUGAACUCCCCUUGGUGAUAACCUUCCCUACCGUGUGUUAUCCCAUUAUUUACUGGAUGGCAGGGUUGAACUCUGAUGUAUCAACGUUUUUCGGAAGCCUUGGAGUUACGUUGAUAUGUGCAAUGGUAGGACAGAGUGCUGGCUUUUUGAUUGGAGCAGCCUUCAAUCGGGUUGAUUUUGCUUUGACAGCCGCAAGUCUUUACUUCCUGACAUGUCUGUUACUCGGUGGAUUCUUUACCCGUACUAUGCCGUUUUGGUUAGAGUGGUCCAGAUUUCUGUCAGUGCAUUAUUACGCUUACAGAGCCUUCGUCAUUCUGGAGUUCACCGAUGGUUACCCAAUCCGGUGUGUGAGCACAGACACUUCUCCUUUGAGUGCAUGUGACAGAUUGCUGACGAAUGGGACUUUCCUUAACGAAACUGCAAUUAUUCAGUCAGCAGCAGUGUUACAUGACGAAGAAACAACUGUUACUGCAUUGUUCAUCAUGCCAGUCCACCUUGCAGUGAAUGAGUGA